GCGACGAGCAGAGCGCUGCUUGCAGCGGGCGGGUGGAAGGUGGUGCGCUCCAGGCCGGACCAUGGCUGAGCGUCAACGCUGCAGGAGCCGAGCCUCCCUAGCUCCGCUUCCCGCUCCCUGAGAGCCCUCCUUUCGCGGUGGCAGUCCAAACUCACGAUUUUGCCCGAGCUAGGGCGAAGGGCAGGGAAGCGUCGAAACAGGAUGUGCUGACGACCGUGAGGGCUCACGUCCCGGGUGCCACUGUGGGUCCCGGCGUGGGAUCCCGAUUGCUUCGGGCUUCCCCGACGUUCCCGGUGCACUCCCGCCGCCCUGCGCCGACCUUGAUGUGUAGAGACGAACCGGACACCAUGAUCCUAACACAAAUUGAAGCCAAGGAAGCUUGCGACUGGCUGCGGGUAACUGGAUUCCCCCAGUAUGCACAGCUUUAUGAAGAUCUCCUGUUCCCUAUUGAUGUGGCUUUGGUCAAGAGAGAACAUGAUUUCUUGGACAGAGAUGCCAUCGAGGCUCUAUGCAGGCGACUAAACACUUUAAACAAAUGUGCGAUGAUGAAGCUGGAGAUCAGCCCUCGCCGGAAGCGAAGUGAAGAUUCGGAUGAAGAUGAGCCUUGUGCAAUAAGUGGCAAGUGGACUUUCCAGAGGGACAGCAAAAGGUGGUCCCGGCUGGAAGAGUUUGACGUCUUUUCUCCAAAGCAGGAUCCAAUCCCUGGGUCCCCAGACGGCUCUCACUUGCAGAGCGCCACCAGCCGCGAAAGCAUGCUGACAGACCUCAGCGAGCGCCAGGAGGUGUCCUCCGUCCGGAGCCUCAGCAGCACCAGCAGCGUGCCCACCCACGUGCCCCACAGCGGGGAAUCUGUGACACCCCGAACGAAUUCCGUCAUCAGCGUCUGCUCCUCCUCCGGCGGCCACUUUGUAGGCAACGAGGACUCUUUCUCCAGCCUCCCGUCCCCCAAGGAACUGUCCAGCUUUAGCUUUAGCAUGAAGGGCCAUGAGAAAAACCCCAAGUCGAAGACGCGGAGCCUGCUGAAACGGAUGGAGAGCCUGAAGCUCAAGGGCUCCCACCACAGCAAGCACAAGGCGCCUUCAAAGCUGGGGUUGAUCAUCAGCGCUCCCAUUCUGCAGGAGGGCGUGGAUGAGGAGAAGCUGAAGCAGCUGAACUGCGUAGAGAUCUCAGCCCUGAAUGGCAACCACAUCAACGUGCCCAUGGUACGGAAAAGGAGCGUGUCCAACUCCACACAGACCAGCAGCAGCAGUAGCCAGUCAGAGACCAGCAGUGCCGUCAGCACGCCGAGCCCCGUCACCAGGACCCGGAGCCUCAGCACCUGCAACAAGCGGGGAGGCAUGUACCUAGAGGGCUUCGACCCUUUCAGUCAGUCCGCCUUGAACAAUGUGACGGAACAGAACUAUAAGAACCGCGAGAGCUACCCAGAGGACACCGUGUUCUACAUUCCGGAAGAUCACAAGCCUGGCACCUUCCCCAAGGCCCUCUCCCAUGGCAGUUUCUGUCCCUCGGCGAACAGUUCUGUGAACUGGAGGACUGGAAGCUUCCAUGGCCCUGGCCACCUCAGCCUACGGAGAGAAAACAGCAGCGACAGUCCUAAGGAACUGAAGAGGCGCAAUUCCUCCAGCUCCGUGAGCAGCCGCCUAAGCAUCUAUGACAACGUGCCAGGCUCCAUCCUGUAUUCCAGCUCGGGGGACCUGGCCGACCUGGAGAACGAGGACAUCUUCCCUGAGCUGGAUGACAUUCUUUACCACGUAAAGGGGAUGCAGCGGAUAGUCAACCAGUGGUCUGAAAAGUUCUCGGAUGAGGGGGACUCGGACUCGGCCCUGGACUCUGUGUCUCCUUGCCCGUCAUCUCCGAAACAGAUACACCUGGACGUGGACCAUGACCGAAGGACACCCAGUGACCUGGACAGCACAGGCAACUCCCUCAACGAGCCCGAAGAGCCCACUGACAUCCCAGAAAGAAGGGACUCUGGGGUGGGGGCGUCCCUGACCAGGUGUAAGAGGCACAGAUUGAGAUGGCACAGCUUCCAGAGCUCUCACCGGCCGAGCCUAAACUCUGUAUCUCUGCAGAUCAACUGCCAGUCUGUGGCCCAGAUGAACCUCCUGCAGAAAUACUCACUCCUGAAACUGACGGCCCUGCUGGAGAAAUACACACCUUCCAACAAGCAUGGUUUUAGUUGGGCCGUGCCCAAGUUCAUGAAAAGGAUCAAGGUUCCAGACUACAAGGACCGGAGUGUGUUUGGGGUCCCACUGACUGUGAACGUGCAGCGCUCGGGCCAGCCCCUGCCUCAGAGUAUCCAGCAGGCCAUGCGCUACCUCCGUAACCAUUGUCUGGACCAGGUUGGGCUCUUCCGAAAAUCAGGUGUGAAAUCCAGGAUUCAGGCUCUACGCCAGAUGAACGAAAGCGCUGAAGACUAUGUCAAUUAUGAAGGGCAGUCCGCUUACGAUGUGGCAGACAUGUUGAAGCAGUAUUUUCGAGACCUUCCUGAGCCCCUCAUGACAAACAAGCUCUCAGAAACCUUCCUGCAGAUCUACCAAUAUGUGCCCAAGGACCAGCGCCUCCAAGCUAUCAAGGCGGCUAUUAUGCUCCUGCCUGACGAGAACCGGGAGGUUCUCCAGACGCUUCUCUACUUCUUGAGCGACGUCACAGCGGCCGUGAAGGAAAACCAGAUGACUCCCACCAACCUGGCUGUGUGCUUAGCCCCUUCUCUCUUCCACCUCAACACCCUGAAGAGAGAAAAUUCUUCCCCAAGGGUAAUGCAAAGAAAACAGAGUUUGGGCAAACCAGACCAGAAAGAUCUGAAUGAAAACCUAGCUGCCACUCAAGGGCUGGCCCACAUGAUCGCUGAAUGCAAGAAGCUCUUCCAGGUUCCUGAGGAAAUGAGCCGAUGUCGCAACUCUUACACUGAACAAGAGCUGAAACCCCUCACUCUGGAGGCCUUGGGACACCUGAGUAACGAUCAGCCUGCUGACUACAGACACUUCCUCCAGGACUGCGUGGACGGCCUGUUUAAGGAGGUCAAAGAGAAGUUCAAAGGCUGGGUCAGCUACCCUACCUGUGAACAGGCCGAGCUGUCCUAUAAGAAGGUCAGUGAGGGGCCCCCACUAAGACUUUGGAGGUCAACCAUUGAAGUCCCCGCUGCUCCUGAGGAGAUCUUAAAACGUCUUCUGAAAGAGCAGCACCUCUGGGAUGUGGACCUGCUGGACUCAAAGGUGAUCGAAAUCCUGGACAGCCAGACGGAAAUUUACCAGUACGUCCAAAACAGCAUGGCACCCCAUCCUGCUCGGGACUACGUCGUGUUGAGGACCUGGAGGACUAAUUUACCCAGGGGAGCCUGUGCGCUCUUACUCACCUCCGUGGAUCACGACCGGGCACCCGUGGUGGGGGUGAGGGUUAACGUGCUCCUGUCCAGAUAUUUGAUUGAACCCUGCGGGUCAGGAAAAUCCAAACUCACCUACAUGUGCAGAGCUGAUUUAAGGGGCCACAUGCCAGAGUGGUACACAAAAUCUUUUGGACAUCUGUGUGCAGCGGAAGUGGUAAAGAUCCGAGACUCCUUCAGUAAUCAGAACCCUGAAACCAAGGAUACCAAAUCUAGGUGAUUACCGAGGCGGAGCACCUGUGUCUGCUGCCCGGGUGAUUGUUUCUAGAGCCUCGCCAGUCCUCGGAAGAGUUCAUCUGGGUCUCAUUGACUAUAGCAAUCUGAUGAGAUUUUUUUUUUUUUAAAAAAAAAAAAAAAGCUGCUUCCUGUUUGUCUUAGGUCUAUGUUAUAGACCUUGACUGGAUUAUAUAAGACUUGGGGACGGGGGUGGGAGGGGGGAUACGUGUAUAAUUCAGAUUGCUUCUGAGAAGCAAGGACUCUUUCAGCGCGCAUCACGGAAGAAAGCAAGGAAGGCGUCAUUCUCUCGUGACGUCGGCGCACGUGUACCUACGUCGUCCGUUUGCGGUGUGUUGAGGGACUGAUGUAUCCACUGGAAUGGUUGGUGCUGGCUGACAGGUUUUCUCCCUGAGACGAGCAGAGAUCGGUUUGCACAGAGGAGUGUGAAUGUGUGUGUUGCUGGCUGAGUGGCACAGGUGAAGGGCUGGGAUGCAGUGUCUGGCACACUGAGACGCCCACAAAGGAUGCUGAUCCAUACACCAGGGUUAGCUCUGCCUGCAAGAGCUGACUACCCAGGGAUCUACCCAGAAGGGGAACCUAGCUCCCUUCUCUAUUUCCCCCCAAGUUAUUGUGUUGUCGUUUUAUUGGGGGGGGGGGCGGGUUCUUUUGUUUUGUUUUUUUGGGUUUUUUUUCUUUCUUUUUCUUCAAACCAUUGCUUUCCCAUAAACUGUAGUUUCCCCUGACUGUAGUAAUGUAACCAGUCGCACUAUUGAACAUCCUCUCCACUCCCUUGAGUGGCUCCAGAGGAAGGGUUUUAUUUACGUGAGAUGGGUAAAGGCGCCAAACACUAACACUCAGUGUUAGUACCAGAACUUGUUUAUUUUCAGUACUGGGAGUUGAACCCAGGGCCUCUUAUAAUCCAGGCAAGCACUCUACAGUGGACUUAUCCCCAGCUCUGUUUUCACCUUUUAUUUUGAGACAGGGUCUCACCACGUCACCCGGGCUGGUCUUGAACAACCGACUUGCUGUGUGGCUGAGGCUCAUGUCUCAGUUGGUGUGAUGGCUGGGAUAAGAGGAGCUCAUCAACCCUUUUUACCUGUUAUAACUCAGUAUUGUCAUGCUUGUGACAUCAACUCUAAGAUAAACAAAGGGACACAGGAAAAUAUGUUCCCGGUAGACUUAACCCAAGCAGAAUAGGCUUUUGGUUGUUAGUGUUCUCCGUGUACCUGAUGGCAACACCGUGUAUUUUCAUUGGGUUUGUCCUCAUGCACAGAUAGGUUUUCUGACGAUGUGCUAUUUUUCCUACAUUUCUUUUUCUUUUUCUCUCACGUUGCCCUUGAACUGUAUUUUAGUAAUAAUGGGGACUAGUAAUCUCAGUGAAAAACAAAGAGUGUUUGGAAGGGUGGUCUUUAUACAGGUUUUACUGUAACGCUAAAGGUUGACUCAAGACAGUAUUAGUAAAUUUAUUUUGUAUGGAUCAAAAAGUGAGUAACGUAUGAAUGAGAGUUGAAGGAUUUUUAUUUUGUUAUAACACAAUUACCUUGUCAGUAUUAUUUCAAAGGUUCUUUGAAGAAAGGGGGGAUAUGAGAGUAGAGUUUUAACAUUUGAGUAUUUGAAUUAUCAGUGUUGCUUGUGAAGGCGUGCGUGUAUAUUCAACUAUGUUGGCUUCUGGAUCUGUAAUGUAUGCUGUACAUACCAUUCUAUUUGAGAAACAUGUACACAUGUCUGUCCACUGUACUUUCAGACAUAGAUAAAGCAUGAUAAAGAUUAUUAUUUAAAAUAUACUUGUAUUUAUACCUCAGAUAUUCUUUUGGGUUUUGUACCUCAAGGCUCCCCUCUCUGCGUUGUAAAUACACUUUACGUGAAUACAGUUUUAGUGAAAAAAAAAGAAUAAAUAAAGAGGUUUAUAAUUUCCCUAUAUCUGUACAGAGUAUAUUCAGUAAAUGCACUAUUAAAUGUUAAAAGUAAGAGAAGAAGCCUGGCCUGCUUUUCUGCAUUGCAUCUUCCUCCGCCUUUGGAAGCGGGGACUGCAAAUCAUAAUGGCCUGGUGCCAACCAAAGUCCAAAGAUACAUCGACUGAAAGAAAAAUUUGGAUGACGAAUCAUUCCAAGGCCAAGCUGCAUCUGAGCCACUCACCCACAAACAGGAAACCCUGGUGAAGGUUCAGGAAGCCUGGAGAUUCUCUCCACACCAAGGUCAGAAACGAUGCUGAGGAUUUACGAGAAUGGAGCAGCAGCGGCGGAACAGUUCUGAAAAGCAAAGUCAAGGUCACUGAUUAAUCCACAAAAGGUCUCUUUCCCGGGUUUAGCUUUCCCGUUGAAGGGAUUUCUUACGUCUGGCCAGAGAAAAAUUCAGAGCGCGCGACUUUUUUAAGAGCUAGGCUUGCAUCUUGUAACAUCCCACAGCUUGUCCUUGUGAGUCAUGGUGUAGAUUGUGAGUUCUUCGAGAGCAGGCACAAAUCCUGCACACCUUUAUUUCCCCCAACAGCAGCUUUCAGUGUUUUGUACUUUGUAGACACCUAAUAAAUUUAUCAUUUGCUAAAGAA